AUGGCGCCUCUUCAGGAUCUUAGCAGGGGUGCUACAUAUGAAGCUCUCACCCGGCAACUAAGGCAAACUAUUCCAGCCGUCGAGUUCUGCAAGCCUGGAGAGUUGGUACGGCCUACCCAGGUCCCUGAAAACCUGCGCACAGAAGAUUUUUAUCUCGGUGACUUCGGUCUGGCCAUGAAAGUUGGCGACCCCGUGGCUCAACCAGGCCAUCCACCUUUGCAGUUUUGCUCCCGGGAGCGUCUCCAUGGGAAAGAUCCAAGCUUUGCCUGCGACAUGUGGAGCUACAUGGUCAACUUUGCUGGGCUUUACCAAGGGCAACCACCGUUCAAUCCUUGGUACAGGGGGGGGGGGGGGGGGGGAGCACUAACGACUAUCACUGGCUUUCUAGGCCCACUGCCAGAGCAAUGGAAAGGUUCUUAUAUUUUUGCUGAUGGCCUUGAUUCCUGGUUCGAUCAUAAUCAAACGCCCGAUACAAAGGAGACCCUCGCAUCAGAGCUUGCACGCUAUCGACCCGAUGUCGAUCCAGCUGAACGAGAGCACAAGCUCUCCAUUAUGCAGAAGGCCUUCAUCUACUCACCUGAGGAGCGUUUGACUGCGACGCAGCUUCUGGCCGACCCUUCAUUCAAAGCUCUCAUGGCCAGAUAUGAUUGUUGA